AUGGAACCUGCCAUGACCAUUCUCAGCAAUCACAAAUACUCUUCCAUCUUCUUAGCCAUUUUCGUUCUCUUAGCUUCGGCAUUGUCUUCAGCAAAUGCCAAAAUUCACGAGCAUGAGUUUGUUGUUGAAGCUACUCCAGUGAAGAGGCUGUGCAAAACACACAACACCAUCACUGUGAAUGGGCAAUUCCCUGGCCCAACGCACGGUGUUAGGCAAAUGAGGACAGGAUGGGCAGAUGGACCAGAAUUUGUGACUCAGUGCCCCAUUCGUCCUGGAGGAAGUUACAGCUACCGUUUUACUGUUCAAGGACAAGAAGGCACACUUUGGUGGCAUGCUCAUAGCUCAUGGUUAAGAGCCACCGUUUAUGGUGCUUUAAUCAUUCGUCCUAGGGAAGGAGAACGCUACCCUUUCCCCAAGCCAAAGCACGAGACACCCAUUCUUCUUGGGGAAUGGUGGGACGCAAACCCUAUUGAUGUUGUGAGGCAGGCCACACGAACUGGUGGAGCUCCGAACGUGUCUGAUGCAUACACCAUCAAUGGUCAACCUGGUGAUCUUUAUAAGUGCUCUGCCAAAGACACUACCAUUGUCCCAAUCCAUGCUGGCGAGACGAACCUUCUACGUGUCAUCAACGCUGCACUCAAUCAACCUCUCUUCUUCACCAUCGCAAACCACAAACUCACGGUGGUCGGCGCCGACGCCUCCUACCUCAAACCCUUCACCACCAAAGUCCUCAUGCUGGGACCCGGCCAAACCACCGACGUACUCAUCACCGCUGACCAGCCACCGUCCCGCUACUACAUGGCGGCGCGUGCAUACCAAUCUGCUCAAAACGCCGCGUUUGACAACACCACCACCACCGCAAUACUCGAAUACAAAUCACCUCACCGUAGCAACCAUUCUCACCAUCAUCAUUCCGAAGGUGUGAAGAACAAAACGAAACCUGUAAUGCCUCCACUCCCUGCUUACAACGACACAAAUACCGUCACUGCUUUCAGCAGAAGCUUCAGAAGCCCCAGAAAAGUUGAAGUCCCCACUGAAAUUGACCAAAGCCUUUUCUUCACUGUGGGGUUAGGACUCAACAAGUGCCCCAAAAACUUCAAAGCAAAUAGGUGUCAGGGACCCAAUGGGACGAGGUUCACUGCGAGCAUGAAUAACGUGUCUUUCGUUCUCCCCAACAAUGUUUCCAUCUUGCAGGCUCACUACCUCGGAAUCCCGGGAGUGAUCACCACUGAUUUUCCCGGGAAGCCGCCGGUGAAGUUCGACUACACAGGCAACGUGAGUCGUUCAUUGUGGCAACCUGUUCCUGGGACCAAGGCUCACAAGUUGAAGUUCGGGUCGAGGGUUGAGAUUGUGUUGCAGGAUACUAGCAUUGUUACUCCUGAGAACCAUCCCAUCCAUCUUCAUGGCUAUGAUUUCUACAUUGUUGCAGAGGGGUUCGGCAACUUCAACCCGAAGAAAGAUAGGGCGAAAUUCAACCUUGUUGAUCCUCCUUUGAGGAACACCGUGGCUGUGCCUGUAAACGGAUGGGCAGUUAUUCGAUUUGUUGCUGAUAAUCCUGGUGCGUGGCUUAUGCAUUGUCACUUGGACGUUCACAUAGGGUGGGGAUUAGCCACGGUGUUGUUGGUGGACAACGGAGUUGGGAAAUUGCAAUCCAUAGAGCCUCCUCCAGUGGAUUUACCUCUUUAUGAUGAUGCGGUUUCAACGCAAAUAUACCAUCUGCAUUGUCGUAAGCCCAACUAG